AGAGAUUUCUGAUAUCUAGUAAACAGUUUUAAAUUGUUGUUGCUGUGUUUAUGAUGGUCAAAGUUACACUGAGCUAUCAAAAGCUUAAAUGAGACCUACAACAAGAGUCAAUAAGGGUGAAUCUCAGGAAAACAUGUCCAGAUCCUGAAAUUAAAAGGGGAAAAAUACGAAAUUAUAUUUUGCAUGAAGAAAAUGGUGCAAGAGUGCUGUAAUGCAAUUUAUCUCUUUUUUGUUGUUGUUGUUAUUGUUCAGUAUUUUGUCUUUUUGUGUGUAUCAUCUGACAAAGACCUAACCUUGCCAUGUCAUGAAAAUAAGGUGGAAUUCCCCAAGAAUGACCUCUGACCCGGUUGACCUAUACAUCUUCACCUCUGACACGCUACCCUCUGACCCUCGCUUCAUGCCACCGCUCACCAACGGCCUGCUGGGAUGGAGUGUGUUUAAUAGAGUUAUGCAUAUGGGCGGGGUUUAUAAUGGGGAGGGCGGGGCCUGUCACCGUGCCAACAUUCCUUGUCCACUGGCGGUUCAAAUGAAGACAGAGGAAGUAGGACAACACAUGUACAAGUUAGAUAUGCGCUCAGGUAUAUUCUCUCAUACCAUAGUCACUCCACAUGUUGAGAUUUCUCAGGUUUUGUACGCUCACCGGCAGCACUCAAAUAUUCUAGUCAUGGAAGUUUUCCUCAAGCGUUUGGUGUUGAGUGCUGAACCAAUCACGAUUCAGCUAGAGAGUUUUUUCAACCCCCAGAGUGAUGACAUCACUUUCCAGAAUGCACCAGACUACAAGGGAGGAAGGCACAUAUUUGGACAGACCUUGUCUUCCGAAAUCCCUGGAGGAAUCCGUCCAUUUGUGCACCUGAUCUGGACGCCCAUCGCAUCUUCUCUUACACACCCUCCCGACCAGAGCCAAUCCAGUUGGGUUUUCCUGGUUGCUGUGGCCAACACCAGCGAGAAUGCCCAAUCAUAUUUUGAUACUGGUUUGGAGCUUAUUGUUACUGGUGACUUACGCCCCUCCCACCUGAGAAGCUGGGCGGAGCUUUGGAUGGGGAGCAGCAUUGAGGUGGUGGGACCAGAAACCCUGAAUCGUGCUCUGAUUGGCUGCAUGUUUUAUCUUCUCAGUGCAUUCCCAUCUUCAAGUGAAGCAACUAGUCCUUUUGGGGGGGUUAGUCCUGGGGGCUUGUCAACUGGGAGCAAAGAAGAGGAUUACCACGGGCAUGUGUUCUGGGACCAGGACACAUGGAUGUAUCCUGGUAUUGCACUGUUUUAUCCCAGUCUGGCAAAGGCGGUACUAGAAUACCGUGUAAAAACAAUAGAGGGUGCCCAAGCAAAUGCCCAACAGAUGGGCUUCAAGGGGUUGAAGUUUGCUUGGGAAAGUGCAGUAACGGGCCAAGACGUGUGUCCAGUGGACAUUUAUGCAGAGCAAGAGAUUCACAUCAAUGGAGAUGUGGUUUUCGCAUUCGAACAGUACUUUUACCUCACACAGGACCUUGAAAUGUUUAAGGAAGGUCGAGGCAGCGAGGUGGUGUGGGGAGUGGCUGACUACUGGGUUUCCCGGGUAACUUGGGACCCUACCGACCAGCAGUAUCACAUGAAAGGGGUGAUACCUCCUGAUGAGUACUACUUCACUGUUGACAACUCAGUGUUCACAAAUGCUGUUGCCCAACGCAGUCUGCGGUUUGCUUUGGAGUUGGCCAGCCUUUUAGCACAGCCCGCUCCUCCCGAGUGGCAGGAAGUUUCUGACAAGAUCAAAAUUCCAUUUGACCCAAAACUGCAAUAUCACCCAGAGUUUGACGGCUACAUGCAGGGAACUAAAGUCAAGCAAGCGGACACAGUGUUGCUCGGAUACCCUCUUGGCAUUCCCAUGACCUCAGAGGUCAGACGGAAUGAUCUGGAAAUCUAUGAGGCCGUCACAAAUCCCCUUGGUCCUGCCAUGACCUGGGGCAUGUUUGCUGUGGGUUGGCUUGAACUUGGUGAGACUGAAAAAGCACAACAGCUUCUGCAAAAAUGCUUCAAAAAUAUCCAGAAGCCUUUCCAGGUAUGGAGUGAGUCAUCUGAUGGUUCUGGUUGUGUAAACUUCCUCACUGGUAUGGGCGGUUUUCUGCAGGCAGUGCUCUUUGGUUACACUGGCUUUAGAGUGCAGAAGGAGGGCCUUGCCUUUGCUCCAUUGCUGCCACGGGAAGUUGAUGCACUCAAUGUAAAAGGUGUGAGUUACCUUGGCAAUAAGAUGGAUUGGUUAAUAAAAGGCGAGGAAGUGAGCGUCAUGGUAAGGAAGCCAGCAGAGGAUUCUGGGAGUAAGGAACCGUAUGCUCUGGAAGUUGUCCUAAACACUGGAACCACAAUCCCACUUAUUCCAGGACAGUCAGUGACGUUUCCACGGCAACCUGGUCAGAUCCGUAAACAGAAUUCCGGUUCUUACUGUUGGCUUCUCUGAUUUGUCCACAUCACAAACCACUAAUCUUUCUCUGUCUGUGUGUUUAUGUACUAAUUUCUUCCAAAGUAUGAAAAUGACAAUCCUUAGAUUUUAUAUAUACAGUUGAAGUCAGAAGUUUACAUACACUUAGGUUGAAGUUAUUAAAACUCAUUUUUUAAGCACUCCAAAGAUAUUAAAAGUAAUUCCAACAAUUGUUUACAGACAGAUUGAUUCACUUUUUAUUGACUAUAUCACAAUUCCAGUGGGUCAGAAGUUUACAUACACUAAGUUAACUGUGCCUUUAACCAGCUUGGAAAAUUCCAGAAAAUGAUGUCAAGCCUUUAGGCAAUUAGCCAAUUAGCUUCUGAUAGGAGGUGUACUGAAUUGGAGGUGUACCUGUGGAUGUAUUUUAAGCCCUAUCUUCAAACUCAGUGCCUCUUUGCUUGACAUCAUGGGAAAAAUCAAAAGACAUCAGCCAAGACCUCAGAAAAAAAAUGUGGACCUCCACAAAUCUGGUUCAUCUUUGGGAGCAAUUUCCAAAUACCUGAAGGUACCAUGUUCAUCUGUACAGACAAUAGUACUCAAGUAUAAACAUCAUGGGACCACGCAGCCAUCAUACCGCUCAAGAAGGAGACGCAUUCUGUCUCCUAGAGAUGAACGUAGUUUGGUGCGAAAAGUGCAAAUCAAUCCCAGAACAACAGCAAAGGACCUUGUGAAGAUGCUGGAGGAAACAGGUAGACAAGUAUCUAUAUCCACAGUAAAACGAGUCCUAUAUUGACAUAACCCAAAAGGCUGCUCAGAAGGGAAGAAGCCACUGCUCCAAAAACACUAUAAAAAAGCCAGACUACAGUUUGCAAGUGCACAUGGGGACAAAGAUCUUACUUUUUGGAGAAUUUUUCUCUGGUCUGAUGAAACAAAAAUUGAACUGUUUGGCCAUAAUGAUCAUUGUUAUGUUUGGAGGAAAAAGGGUGAGUCUUGCAAGCCGAAGAACACCAUCCCAACUGUGAAGCAUGGGGGUGGCAGCAUCAUGUUGUGGGGGUGCUUUGCUGCAGGAGGGACUGGUGCACUUCACAAAAUAGAUGGCAUCAUGAGGAAGGAAAAUUAUGUGGAUAUAUUGAAGGAAAAUCUCAAGACAUCAGCCAGGAAGUUAAAGCUCGGUCGCAAAUGGGUCUUCCAAAUGGACAAUAACACCAAGCAUACCUCCAAAGUUGUGGCAAAAUGGUUUAAGGACAACAAAGUCAAGGUAUUUGAGUGGCCAUCACAAAGCCCUGACCUCAAUCCAAUAGAAAAUUUGUGGGUAGAACUGAAAAAGCGUGUGCGAGCAAGGAGGCCUACAAACCUGACUCAGUUACACCAGUUCUGUCUGGAGGAAUGGGCCAAAAUUCCAGCAACUUAUUGUGAGAAGCUUGUGGAAGACUACCCAAAACAUUUGACCCAAGUUAAGCAAUUUAAAGACAAUGCUGCCAAAUACUAACAGAGUGCAUGUAAACUUCUGACCCACUGGAAAUGUGACGAAAGAAAUAAAAGCUGAAAUAAAUCAUUCUCUCUACUAUUAUUCUGAUAUUUCACAUUCUUAAAAUAAAGUAGUGAUCCUAACUGACCUAAGACAGGGAAUGUUUUCUACGAUUAAAUGUCAGGAAAUGUGAAAAACUGAGUUUAAAUGUAUAAUGUAUAAGGCUGGAAAUGUAUAAGGUGUAUGUAAACUUCUGACUUUAACUGUAUGUAUAUAUAUAUAUAUAUAUAUAUAUAUAUAUAUAUAUAUACACACACACACACACACACAAUACACACAC